AUUCGAGAUAAGAGCUCUUGCUUCCCAGAAAUACUUCCCCGCGAUUCAACAAGCUCGGCUCUUUCUUCAUCUACGAGCAAUCCUUAGCUCGGCUCUAGGGUUUAAGGCAUGGUAUGAAUUCCAUGAAAGUUUUCCCUAAUGGCACGGGCCUUCUCACUGGUGUGUUCGUGCUAUCAGGGUUUAAAUGAGAGUCAUCUAAGAAGUGCGAUUUAUAGUGAAGUUGAGAAAGGAUACAGCAACACAUUCUUUAGAACAAUGAGGUUCAGUAACCUUCUCCACUCCCAACUGCUGAAAUGGUGUUCCAAGUCAAAUUGUUCAUCUGCUCAAAAGCUGUUGGAGGAAGUUGGUGGUUAUAGCACAGCAAGUGUGUCUGAGAGGACAAAAUUUUUGAACAAGGUUUUAGCUUUAAUGGGAUACAAUAACAUUCAGGAUUUGAUUGAACAAGAUCUUAAGAGAGAAUCUGAUAUUGAUCUAGAAGAUGUAAGUGGUGAAUUGGAUCUUAGACUGGCUUGUGCUAGAUUUCCUUCUAUCAUGUUGGGUGAUUCCUCCCUGGUUGAAUUGUAUAAUGAGGUUCCGGCUCAGCAUGAAAAUUUUAGUCCUUUACUACCUGAAAUUCCUGAUUCUCUGGGCACGGUGGGGACAAACUAUGAUCAAAUUAAUGAAACAUGGCAGUUCUUUUCCUCAUCAUCUGAAAAUAGAGCAUCCCAAUCCAACGUAAAGGGUUCUUAUAAGUUUUCUUAUAAUUCUCCAGCAGAACAUUCAAAUGGUGAUGUGAAACUAGAAAACAGAGUUGCUACUGAGAAAUCUCUCAUGAUGACUGUGGGCAGUGAAUCAUUGCAAGGAUUGUCUACUGAGAUAACAUUAGACAAAACUGUUAAAUCUAUACCUGGUACAACCAGUAAGCAGUGCCGCCAACUUGAAGAUUGUGGUUUCCACACGGUGCGGAAGUUGCUUCAUCACUUUCCCCGAAACUAUGCUGAUUUACAAAAUGCCUAUGGUGCUGUAGAUGAUAAUGCCUAUCUAAUUUUUGUUGGCAGGAUUAUAUCAUCCAGGGCAAUCAGAGCUGGUUAUUCAUUCUCAUUCCUGGAGGUGGUUGUACAAUGUGAGUUUGUAAACAAUGAAACAAAUUCUGAAUUUAUGUGCAAUGAUUGUGACAAUGGAGGAAAAAAGAUUAUUUAUUUACAUUUGAAGAAGUUCUUCCGUGGUACCCGUUUUACAUAUCAACCUUUUCUUAUGAGCAUACAGUCAAAGUAUGAAGAGGGAGAUUGUGUAUGUGUCAGUGGUAAGGUCAAGAAAAUGAAAUUGAAAAACCAUUAUGAAAUGAGGGAGUACAAUAUUGACAUUCUUGAAGAUGAAGAAGAAAAGCAUGCCCAUUUGGAGUGCAGGCCUUAUCCUCUUUAUCCUUCUAAAGCCGGGUUGAAGCCGGACUUUUUUAGGGACAUCAUAGUGAGAGCUUUGAAGAUAUUGCCUGCCAAUAUUGAUCCUAUACCUGAUGAGAUUCUUAAAGAAUUCAACUUGUUAAAGCUUCAUGAUGCGUAUAUGCAAAUUCACUCCCCUAAGACAUUGGAUGAAGCUGACCUAGCUCGCAGAAGAUUAAUAUUUGAUGAAUUCUUCUACCUACAGCUGGCCAGACUAUAUCAAAUGCUUGAAGCACUUGGCAGUCAUAUCGAAAAGGAAGAGUUAUUGAAUAAGUACAAAAACCAGGAACUUCAUGCUGUUUCUGUUGAGGAAUGGUUCCCUCUUACAAAGACGUUGUUGAAGGCUCUUCCAUAUUCUCUUACUCCUAGUCAAUUAAAUGCUGUUUCAGAAAUAAUUUGGGACCUUAAAAGACCAGUUCCAAUGAAUAGACUCCUGCAGGGUGAUGUUGGCUGUGGUAAAACAGUGGUUGCUUUCCUUGCUUGUAUGGAGGUCAUUGCAUCAGGUUAUCAGGCUGCUUUCAUGGUUCCAACUGAGCUGCUUGCUAUCCAGCACUAUGAGCAUGUGCUUUCUUUAUUGCAAGCUUUGGCGGAUGGUGUCUGUAAGCCUUCUGUUGCCCUGCUUACCGGUUCGACCCCAACAAAGCAAUCACGUGCUGUUUUGGAGGGUAUUAAGACUGGAGACAUCUCAUUUGUAAUUGGAACUCACAGUCUAAUUGCUGAGAAAGUUGAAUUUUCAAAUCUUCGUAUUGCUGUGAUAGAUGAACAGCAUCGAUUUGGGGUUAUCCAAAGAGGAAGAUUUAAUAGUAAGUUGUAUUCUAUUCCCACAAACCUAAGGGUUGAUGCUGCAAGUUCGGGUCAAUCAAGUGAAGAGACUACUUACAUGGCUCCUCAUGUUCUUGCCAUGUCAGCAACUCCCAUUCCGAGGACAUUGGCUUUGGCCUUGUAUGGUGAUAUGUCUAUAACUCAGAUAACAGAUUUGCCUCCUGGAAGGACACCUGUAGAAACAAUUGUUCUUGAAGGAAAUGAUGUUGGUUUUGAGAGCGUCUUCCAGAUGAUGCGAGAUGAAUUAGUGGCUGGUGGAAAGGUUUAUCUUGUAUACCCAGUUAUUGAAGAAUCUGAACAGUUGCCCCAACUUCGUGCUGCUACCUGUGAAUUUGAUUCCAUAUCAAAGAAGUUCGAAGAGUACAAGUGUGGGCUUUUGCAUGGGCGUAUGAAGAGUGAACAGAAGGAUGAAGCACUAAGAAAAUUCAGAACCGGAGAGACUUGCAUUCUACUUGCAACUCAAGUGAUUGAGAUCGGUGUUGAUGUUCCUGAUGCAUCAAUGAUGGUUGUUAUGAACGCUGAGAGAUUUGGUAUAGCUCAACUUCAUCAACUAAGAGGUCGAGUAGGACGAGGAACAAAGAAGUCUAGAUGUGUUUUCUUGUCUUCUACAUCGGGAACUCUUGAGCGAUUGAAGGUGCUCGAAAAAUCAUCUGAUGGAUUUUAUCUAGCUCAGGCUGAUCUUCUUCUUCGUGGACCGGGGAAUUUGCUUGGAAAGAAGCAGUCUGGACAUCUUCCAGAAUUCCCAAUAGCUAGACUGGAGAUUGAUGGAAACAUGCUACAAGAAGCUCAUCUGGCAGCUUUGAAAGUUUUGGCUACCAGCAAUGAUUUAGAGUGCUUUCCAGGUCUCAAGGCAGAGCUCAGCAUGAGACAACCUCUAUGCAUCCUUGGAGAUUAAUUGAUGAUGAUUUACCUCUCAAUCCUUUUUACUUGUCAUCUUUUAACCAUAUGUUAAUUGAAGUAUAAAUAUUGUAUUAUAAACCAGGAAUUUAUUUA